UAUCAAAACCAAAACCAAUACCAGUAUCAAUGUGUGAAUAAUAAUUGUUACUGCAUUGGUAAUAAGGACACCUGUACAUGCUACCGUAGCAUUUUGUCCACCUGUUUCUGUGAGACUUACAGCAGUAAUCUCACUAUCCCUACAGCAGUUAAUCCAUUGAAAGUCCCUCAAUGUAUGCUUUUAAAUGAGACAUACAUCUGCACUGGUGCUCAGUACCGCAUGCACUGCAACACAUCAAUGAAUUAUUUCUACUAUAGGAGAUAUAGAAACCAAAACCAAAACCAAGACCAGUACCAGUGCACAAAUAAUUGUUACUGCAUUGGUGAUAAGGACACAUGUACAUGCUACGGUAGCACUUUGUCCUCCUGCUUCUGUGAGACUUACGGCAAUAGCAUUGCUCUCACUUCAGCAGUUCGUCCAGCUUAUGGCUGUGAGUUAUAUAAUGACAUAUACAUCUGCACUGGUGCUCAGUACCGCAUGUACUGCAACACAACAGUGCAUGAUUUCUACUACUGGAGAUAUCAAAACCAAAACCAAUACCAGUAUCAAUGUGUGAAUAAUAAUUGUUACUGCAUUGGUAAUAAGGACACCUGUACAUGCUACGGUAGCGUUUUGUCCUCCUGCUUCUGUGAGACUUACGGCAAUAUCACUGCUCUCACUGCAGCAGUUAAUCCAGUCUAUGACUGUGUGCUUUUUGACACAUUAUACAUCUGCACUGGUGCCCAGUACCAAAUGUACUGCAAUACAAGUGUACAUGAUUUUUAUUACAGUAGAUACCAUUACAGCUGUUAUAGUGGUAACUGUGACUGCACUGGUAAUAAGGACACCUGUACAUGCUAUAGCAGUACUUCAUCCUCUUGCUUCUGUACAAAUUCUAGCAAUAGCAUUAUUACCCCUGCAGCAGUUAGUCCGGUCUAUGAAUGUGGGCUUUAUAAUGACACUUACAUCUGCACUGGUGCUCAGUACCGCAUGUACUGCAACACAAGAAUGCAUUAUUUCAACUAUUGGAGAUAUAGAAACCAAAACCAAUAUCAGUUAGGGUGCUGGAAUUAUAACUGUUACUGCUUUGGUAAUAAGGACACCUGUACAUGCUACCGUAGCACUUUGUCCUCCUGCUUCUGCGAGUCUAACAACUUCACAGCCACACUCACUUCACAACCUACUGCAGGUGUGAAUAUCACACUGCUGGAUCAAUGCAUGAGUCAGACCCCUGGAGGAUGUCUUCAAAAUCUUAGUGGGCAGAUAGAGAACAUUACAGCUAAAGUGCUGCCUUUGGAUACUGUGACAAACAUUUUGACUGUGGCCUUCGACACUUCAGAGGAGAUUUUAGAGUCAUUAUCAUCAGCAAACCCAACUGAAUUAGCCUCCUAUGGAAACAGUGUGUUAAAAGCCAAUGAAAAACUCAUCUCUGCAUUAGUGAAGCCGACAGACACGAGUGACAGUGUCAGUUUUACUCUUGCUGCUGUAGAGGGUCAAGUCUUCAUGGUUGGACCACGGGUCACCUUAGAUAAAAUCCCCCGACUUGAAACGACAAAUUGUUCUGUGGACAUCGAUCUCAUUGGGAUUGCCAAGAACAACAAUGAAAGAUCAGCUGCUGUGGCUUUCGUGAGCUACAGGAAGAUGGAGAAUCUACUGAAGCCAGACUUCUUUAACACACCAAAAGACACGGUUAAAACCAUGAUGUCCACUGUGAUCUCAGUUACUCUUCCCAAAACCACCAACACUAAACUCACCAAACCAGUCAACUUCACCUUCAGACACAUCAGAGAGUUUGAUCCCAACGGUUCUCUGUUCUGUGUGUACUGGAAUAUCAACAAGUGGAUUGUAAAAGGUUGUUCGGUUUUAAAGACCAACAGCAGCUACACUGUGUGUUCCUGUGAUCAUCUGUCAGCAUUCGCUCUUGUGCAAACUAGCAGCCGCCCACCAGAGAGUGACUCACAGACAGAUCUGGUGACUUUGUUGUGUGUGAUCGUGGGGCUGGUGUUCUUCAGUUUGGCUCUGUUGGCCUUUGCCCUUUACAAGUGGAGUCCUGUGCGUGAUUGGAUACGUGGUUGCGCAGUGCUGGGUGCUGAAGGCUACAGCAGGGAAGAGUUAUGCAGCAGUACACGAAGUGCUUCAGAUGUCUUUGCCGUGGACUCAAAACCAACACCAUCAAAUAUGUCCCAAAAAAACACAAAGGACCGCAACGUGUUAACCCUAGAAGGCAUGCACCAAAAAACUACCAUAAAUGCAUAAAGGGGGUGGAAAUUACCCAUAUUGGAAUAAAUGAAUUUAUAAAUAAAUAAAUGCUGUUCAUACCAUUCAUAACUUCUCCCAUGGUCUGUGGAUAGUAAAAUGUCCAUUAGAUGUGAACUUAAGAAUGUUUGCAGAAGCAGCAGGUAAUCCAUGUUUUGCCUAAUGCUUUAUGAAUACUGUGAAUUUAGACAUUCUAUGUAUUCCACAUACUGCUUUUCCCCUGUAUAGUAGGGAGAUGUACUUAUUCAGACACAGAGCAAUGGAUUCAUCAAGUAGUAAUCCACUAAUCUAAAAGUAAUGCAGUAAUCCAAAGUUCAGUCCCACUUUAUAUUAGGUGGCCUUAAUUAAUAUGUACUUAUGCUUCAGUUAAUCAUUUAAUACAAUGCACUUAUGAUGUAGAUACAUGUUUUUAUGGUUUACCCAUACCACCAAACGUGUCCCUAACCUUACCCGUAUCCCACCUAAAUAGCAGCAAAAGUGUUCUGCAAUACAAUAUGAACACAAUAAGUACAUUGUACUUAUAUUUUGAUGUAUAUAUUUAUAUUUUGAUGAAAAACACAUAUUACUGAGAAAAAUGUCUGACCCCCUUCAUGCAUUCUAAACCAAGAAAUAUGAACAUUAAGUUAGUUAAGUGAGUUAAGGUUUUUAUUAUUAUUAUUGUUAGUAGUAGUAGUAGAAGAAGUAUUAGUAGUAGUAGUAUUAGUAUAUAUCUUUUUUUAAUAAUUCAUGGAAUAUCAAUUAUAUGUUUCGAUUGAUAAAAUGCUGAAAUAAAUUGCAGUGUACUGGGUUGAUUUGAUCUGUAAAUAAUUUUCUUUUUUCUUUUCUUUUUUUUGGUGGAGGGCUAAAAUAUGUUAGACUAAUAGUUUACUAAUAGUAAUAGUUGUUGUUGCUUAGCAGUUAAAGUUGUAUAUAUAUAUAUGAGGCUGGUAUUUUAGCGAGUUUGAAGAAAAAUUAUUUGAUGGACGUAUAAAAUGUGUCGAAAGCAUUCACUCAGUAUCAUUAUCUCAUUUUUGACGGGGAUUGCUUUUAGCUGGUUUUGCAUCUGAACUCUUCAUUUUAUAUAU